CCCCUUACUAAGCACUCAAAAUGUCCCUCCCCCAACCCACCAUCGUCCUCGUCCACGGGGCCUGGCACACCCCCGCCAACUACGCCCCCUUCACCACUCAGCUCGAAUCCCAGGGCUUCACCGUCCACUGCCCUCAUCUCCCCAGCUGCACCAACACCAGCCCCCCACCCGCCACCUACCAUGACGACGUCGCCACCGUCCGCAACCUAGUCACCUCCCUCGUCAACAAAGGCGAGUCCAUCCUAAUGAUCCUCCACUCCUACGGCGGGGCCAUCGGCACGGACGCAAUCCAAGGUCUCGACCUCCCCACCCGCACCGCCAACAACCUCCCAGGCGGCGUCAUCCACCUGCUCUACAUGUGCGCCUACAUCCAACAGACCGGCCGCUCCGUGUGGGACGUGAUCACUCAGGCCCAGAUGACGGGCUUCUGGCCGCAGUUCGUCGAAAACAAGCCCGACGGCUCCACCUUCCCCGUGGACCCCGUCCAGCUGUUUCUGGGUGAUUGUGACGAGGCUCAGAUCGCGGCUGCGUUGCCGCAUCUCGUGCGCAGUCCUCUGAGUGUCUUCCAUACCCCUAGCUCUGGGGACGCGUGGCGUCGCUUGCCGGUUACGUAUGUUACCACGACGAAGGAUUAUUCGGUGCCGAGGGUUUAUCAGGAUAUUAUGCUGAAGAGGGUGGAUGAAGAGGGGGUGAAGGUGAAGUUGGUGGAUGUGGAUACGGCGCAUAGUGUGUUUCUUUCCAGGAUGGACGAGAUGGUGAAGUUGGUGGAGGAGGUGGUACGGGAUGAGAGGAACAAGUGAGUUUGUGUGGGGAUGCAGAGAUGGUGAGAGUCUGAAGAUACAGAUGAGGUUGUCUCUGUGAGUAGGAGCAAUCCUUGCCCUCGCGGGUAAUGGUAUGUUGGAGAAUGGUUGAAUUAAAGUAGAGAACUGCAUUUAUUUCAAUCACCGCCACUAAUAUACUUGAAGUGUAUGAAAUGGCUCAGGAGGACGAUUCUCUCGAUAUGGC